CACUUUCGCGCAGGCGCGCUGGACCGGGGGGGGGGGCCGGGACCGGGCGGUGCGGCCGCGAUGGCGGAAGACUCCGAGUCGGCGCUGAGCGCUCAGAGCCUCGAGCUCGAAGACCCCGACACGUGCGGCAUCGACGGCGACAACGAGGACGAGGCCGAGCACGACGACGGGAGUCCCAGUGGGGAUCCCGCUGCAGCAAAGAAGAAGAAAAAGAAGCAAAAGAGGAAAAAGGAAAAAGGACUUACAAAGUCCGACUCUGCUUCAGAUUCGCAGGAUGUCAAGAAGCUGCAGGAUCUGCAGCGCGCAAUGGAGCUUCUCAAUGUCUGCCCGGGCCCUGCACGCAACUUGGAGGAGGCCAGCAAGCGCAACUACCAGUUCUGGGACACCCAGCCCGUCCCUAAGCUUGAUGAGGAUGUCACUGUGCAUGGGCCCAUAGAGCCCGACAAGGAUAGUGUGAGGCAGGAGCCGUACUCUCUGCCCGCUGGUUUCGCGUGGGACACUCUUGACAUCAGCAAUGCCGCUGUGCUGAAAGAGCUGUACACGCUCUUGAAUGAAAACUAUGUCGAGGAUGAUGACAACAUGUUUCGCUUUGACUACUCCCCAGAGUUCCUGCAAUGGGCCCUGCGUCCCCCGCGUUGGAUGUCCCAGUGGCAUUGCGGCGUUCGUGUUGUCUCCAACAAAAAGCUGGUUGGUUUCAUCAGCGCCGUUCCAGCCACCAUCCGCAUCUACGACGUUAUGAAGAAGAUGGUGGAGAUCAACUUUCUGUGCGUGCACAAGAAGCUGCGCUCCAAGCGUGUGGCGCCCGUGCUGAUCCGAGAGAUCACGCGCCGCGUCAACCGCGAGGGCAUCUUCCAGGCUGUGUACACGGCUGGCGUCGUGCUCCCCAAGCCUGUGUCCACCUGCAGGUAUUGGCAUCGCUCGCUGAACCCGCGGAAACUCAUCGACGUCAAGUUUUCUCACUUAAGCAGGAACAUGACCAUGCAGCGCACCCUGAAGCUCUACCGCCUGCCAGAGGAUCUGAAGACGCAAGGGCUCCGGCCAAUGGAGGCGCGUGACGUGAAGCGCGUGCACGCGUUGCUGCUCCUCUACCUGCAGCGCUUUCACCUGACGCCAGUGAUGGACGAGGAGGAGGUGUCCCAUUGGCUGCUGCCGCGAGAAGGCAUCAUCGACACGUUCAUCGUGGAGAAUCCCGAGUCUAAGGAGAUAACGGACUUCCUGAGCUUCUACACGCUCCCUUCCACCGUGAUGCACCACGCAGUGCACAAGACUCUGAAGGCAGCUUACUCCUUUUACAACGUGCACACCAAGACGCCACUGCUCGAGCUCAUGAACGACGCGCUAGUCCUGGCCAAAUUGAAAGGGUUCGAUGUGUUUAACGCGCUAGACCUAAUGGAGAACAAAACCUUCCUGGAGAAGCUUAAGUUCGGCAUUGGUGACGGCAAUCUGCAGUAUUACCUCUACAACUGGCGCUGUCCCCAAAUGGGGCCCGAGAAGGUGGGCCUCGUUCUGCAGUGAAAACUUGAGGAAUUCCUGAGAAGCCAGAAGACCUAAUGGAGAAAUGUAUGCUGUUCCGCAGCAGUCCGACUCAGUGCAGUAAUUUGACUAUGGACAGCUUCAUCAUUAAACACAAGGAGGAUGUAUGGGGGUGUGGAGCCCAGUUAUGGUGUUUUACAAGCGAAAAUCUCAUAGGAGCCAUACAAUUUGGUAAUCCAGCAAAUACGGGUGGUGUUUAAACAAGACAUAUGGCCUUGAAUAAACACUGAAUACAGUAUGUAAUAUGGAAUACCAUUGCUGGGAUUAGUGUCAUAAACAUGGACAUAUUGAAAGGAAAACUGUUGUGAACAAUUUAAUUAAUUAGGCUUGAUAUUUUAUCUGCAGAAUGGAAAAUAUGGCAUUUUAACAGAUGUGUAAACAACUUUAAACAUUUGUUGCAUUUUAAAAUUGCCUGACUCAGUGUUGCCCUGUUUUUUUUGUACAAUUUCUAAGUUCUAACACUGUAAGAAAUUAAAUCCUGAGCUUACUUUAUUGAGCUUGCAUAUACAGACUGCUUAGUUCCAUGCAGCUGGGGGGCUAGACAUAUUUAUUAUUAAAUACUUUGCAAUGACAUGACAGAUGCUGAAUUGUACCAUUGUCGUUGGUAAAGUUGGUAACUGGUAAUUUAGCAGGACAGUAUUCAAGUUUGGGUUUCAAACAAUUGAUUGACCUUACGAGCAAUACUGAAGCGCUUUGACGAGUUAUCGCACACUACCCACAGGCAGCGCGUCAUGUCAUCACUACAACUCUGCUGAGAUUCCCUUGAUAUAAACGACAUGAAAGCAGAUAUAUGGGUAUACCUCAAACAGUUACCUAACAUUCACAUUCAUAAUAACCUGGUAAUCUUUAAAUUGUAUAGCCUUAGCCCUAAGAUAUUAACAUUCAUUGCCAUGUCACAGCAAUUGUUAGAUACUCAUUGCUGUAUCUUACUUGGGUAAUACAUCGAUUCAGCGGCAGAUCCCAGGGGGUUUUGAAUUGAACUCCAAUACAGUGUUGUGUUGUCCAGCUAUUGAUAAAAUGUAUAUCUAAGGGCUGUUACAGAAAGUUCAGGAGUGAGCGUUGAUUCGAGAGCAUUUUGAGUUUUUGCAGAGGUUUAAAAGUUGGAAUCCCCCCCCCCACCUGCCCUGGAUCUGCCACAUCAAUAAAUGCAAUGUGGUACGUAACAAAAGCAA